ACUAUUCUAUUCAUUCCCCCAGUUUGCUUUUGCUUCUUCUCUCUGGAACUCCCCCAUUUGGCUAAUUUCUCUUGAACGAAAACCCAACUCCAAUUUGCUGCUUCGGCAGCAAAUAACAACACAAAGGCAGCCGCGCAAAAGCAAAAGGGAACAAAUUAAAGGCGCAAAAGCAACUCCAUCCACCGGGCGCCUUUUGCUUCUAUCUAUCCAUCUCUGGCUCCCAAUUCCCAUUUUGCCUUUCUCUUCCUUCCACUCCAAAUCCCAGAUAACACGUUUAAAAGGCGCCAACCGGAGAGCGAAAUCGCCCAACUUCCAGCUCGCUAGCUGGAGAAGAAGACAAAGAAGGAGGAGAUAAGAGCCGUGACUUCCUUCUUUUUCCCCCUCGUCAUGGUCUCUGCGUGAGAAACAGAGCAAUUAGAAAGCAAGGAACAGGGGAAAGGCAGGGGAGAGAGAUUUCAUUCUUCUGGUGGGUUCCUCGCCAUUGCUGGAGUCGAGUCACUUUGUUCUUCAUUCUGGGUUCUCUUCUUCUCCGCCGUGGGGGAACAGGGUUAUUUCAUUUCACCAGGUAAUGUUUUUUAACUUCCUCUGCAAAUCCGUAUGGAAAUCAUGCUCUGUUUUUUUCUCCCUCUGUUUUUUGGUUUCUUUCUACUGUGGUUUUAGAAUUUAGUUUCGAGUGCAUUGAUAUAUAUGACCAUCUAGAUUUAAGUUUGGACAUGCUUCUCUUUUCCUGAAGCGAAAUGAUCAUUGGCUUGUCUUUCAUGCUUCUGAGCUCCCUUUCUGUUGAUCGGUUUCUCGAGAACCAAACAGGUGGGUGAUCGAUUCAUUGCAUUUUCCCUUUUGUUUCGCUUGCCCUUGAUUCUGUUCAUUGAAUGGGAUUGGGGUUUGGGCGUUUGGCAUGGGAGAAAGAAUCGUUUCUGUUGCUUGCGUUAGCAGACAGCAGUCUUUGUGAUACGAUACCACAUCUUUUUUUUAUGAACAGAGAUCUUGACGUAUGUGUCUAAUACUAUCCUGAUUUCGUAACUAUCAAAUUUAUAAUUCUACAACUCAUAACUAAUUCGACUAACCUCUUGAGAUAUCUUAUAAGGAUGAAACUUAAAUCGUCACAAACAUAGUGUCGAUAUAUCUUACAAUUUAUUCGUAAAAUUAAGGGAAAACAAUUGCUCAAAUUAGUCAAAAGAAAAAAGGGAUCUCAUUUUGGGAGGCAAAACAUGACCCAAUUGGGCACCCACCACAAAAAUCAUGAACAAUAAUAAAAUAUAGCUUGAUCAUCCUUCUUUUUUACCUCAAAGGUAAUAAACCCAAAAAAAAAAGUACCUUAUUUUUAAUAAUUAGAUGAUUUGUUAAUCUCAGAAUGAACACAUUUUACAAUCAAACAUGGUUACCAGAAAUUAAGCCUUGGAAUAGAAGAAAAGGAGGGGAUUCCUUCCACGCAUUCCCACGAAAUCAGAUCUCUCUUUCUAUUUUAUUUAUUUAUGUGCAGUAAUAGUAUAAUAAUAGAGGUCCAUGAUUGUCAAACAAAACGAAGACAAAAAAAAACAGAGAUUCUUGUACACUGUCCAGAAGCAAGAUCUGUCUGCUCUCUGCCUGCUUCAUGUGAGGUGGGCGCAGAAGCUCCAAUAAUAAAAGGCAGAAGCAACAGCAACCAAGUUUUUUUCCCAUCUUUUGUCAGGUGACAAGAGAAUUUCAAUGCCUGAGAACCUGCUUAUUCACACUGGGGACAGUUUCGAAACUGUUCCCAAUUCCCCGCUUCAUGUUGAAUGCGUAAACCCUAAAUUCAUAUUUUGACUUUAUCUACUUCGGGAUCGAGAAUUAGAUGAAAAUGCGUAUACACGUACAAUCACUUAAGUAUUGGGUUCUCGACCAGUUGGCUAAUGAAAAUAAGAACGAUGUUUACACUUACACAUGAUUAACGGCUCCAGUUUCGUUUUGAAUGAGUCAAAAUCUAAAAUCAUUCUUCGAUGUUAUCCACUACGAAAUCGAGAAUCAGACAACCGAUCGUGAUAUCAAUAUAAGGUGCAUGCUCGUACAAUACUCAGUACUGAAUUCUUGAUUAGUUGGCUAAAGAAAGUAAAGAACGGUGUUGACAUUUUACACAUUCAAACCCUUUUUUUUUUUUUUUGGUUGGCGUUGAAAAACAGUAUUUCAAUUUUCAACUAAAACUUCAGGUCUUUCGAAAUAGAAAUAUCAGAAGUUGGUGUGGCGUAGCUUGUUGUUGUUGUUGUGUAGUUUCCACGUUGUUAUUAUAAUAAGAACAUAAAUGGAGGAGAGGGUAGGGGGAAAGUGGGAUGGUUUUAGUUAGAACAUUAAUUUUCUAUCUACAUCGUUGAAUGUCAAGCUAAUUGUAAUUAGGUUUACCUCAAACGCGUUCAAAUGGUGAUCCGGCAUGCAACCUUUGAAUUGCUAGAUAGUCAAACCUAGAGAGGGAGUUUUCUCGUAUCAAAUAACAACGCUACACUUUUCAAUUCUUUACGAAUGGAGGAGAAAAGUAUCGAGCCAAAACUAGAUAAAAUAUGUUUGAAAUGAAAGCCAUGAUCGUGUCGUUUAGAACCCUAGAGGGACGACUUUAGCAGGUCUUCGUUGCCUAGGUUGUGUGGCGAAUUCAAAGAUUUAGGAUUUAGUCUUACAAAGAUGUUACUGUUGUAUUAAAGGGUUCUGCUCUUGUGUUAAGAGUUUGGAGCAGGAUUUUGUUGAUGUCGGUGAAUAUCCUUAUUUCAAUUUUUAUACGGUGAAAAUUUGUUGGUAUUGGUGAAUGUGAGUUCCAUAUGCAUUAACUCUAAUGACCAAUAUAAACAACAUCAACUUUGAACUACCUUGAAACAAAGUAUUUCGAAUCAUGUUGUUGUAUUCUUACAUAGCAAACUUCUAUCCUAAUAGUACCACAAAUGACUUAGCUCCGAGUCCUCAACGGUUUAGUUUCUCCUUAAGGGGAAAAAAACACUGCAAAAAAUUCUUCUUUCUAAAUUCUUUUUAUGAAUCUAAACAGAAUCCAUUUGCGGUUCUAGGGUUUCCAGUUUGAUAUAUGGUCACAAUCAUUAUAUUUCUUAACUAUUUAGUAUGAUCCGUCUACUAGAUUUUUCAUUUCUCUAGGAUCUGGUUGAAGAAGACGAAGUCGGAAAUUGUAAUACUUUUUAUUUGGUUGGUGGGGAGGUUUUGGUCAGUAGGAAAGCCAGUUAGAUAUCUUUGUCACAUGUGAAAGUAUUGUUAGGGUAAACAAUUGCACAAUGUUUCAUUUAUUAUUUGAUUCACGAAACUUUUGGCCUAUAUAAAUGAUUUUUUUUUUGGGUAGAGGAAAUUUUCACAUGGCUCUUUACAGAGGCUGACUUUCUGGUACGACUAGGGCACACCUCUUUUAAAUUUUUGUUUUGUUUAAAUAUAUGAAUUAACUGUACUUGUACUACCAAUUUUUGUAUGGACAUCUAUUCAAAUCGUAAUUGUCGACUUUAAAUUGUAAUCGAUUCAUUUCUAUGUUACUCUUAACGCCAAUUUAGUAUGAUCGUUAUCAUGCUAAUGGGAAUAGGCGUCAACAUGGACUGAUAUAACUGGAUCUCAUUGUCUUGAUUAUUGAAUUUUACACAUUGAUGGUAUUUAUUCAGCCAUCAACGUAUGCAUCAAAUAGCCGAGAUUGUUGUAUUCCAAGAUUUGACAAUUUAAGUGCAUGCUUACAAUCGAGUGACGUUGGCCAGUGUAAGUAGAUUAACAUCGGAUUGGAUGAAAGUCUCCUUUUUUUUACUUUUUAAGAGUAGAUAGUGAGGUGUUUGAUUUUAGAUGGCCCUUUCCAUGAUAUACUUGCUUAAAACUUAUGAUGAUCACAUUUUUUUUAUGAAAUACUUUAAUUAACUUAUCAUCAAUGUCCAAUUAAAAACAAACUAUGAAUACACACGAAAAGAAGAAACUGUGAAUUGGUGGGCCGGCGGUAGGGGAGCUCCGACCAUUGGCCGGUCGGACAGAAAGAGGUGGGUGGUUGCCAAAUGGCAAAUGACGGGAUUACAUUAGUUGGUGGAUUAGGCUUAUUAAUUGACAAUUAGUUGGGUUAAUUAAAGAGAUAACUCCUAGGAUUAACCAGGGAGCACCCCAUUGGUCAGUUUCAGUUUAGAGAUUUUAAUUUCUAACUGAUUCCUAACAGAUCUCUAAGUUAUGGAGGGAAUCCUCUCCCUCGUCUCAAUCAUAGGCCGCCUCUUUGAGCGACUUUCGGCGCUACCACUAAGGCGGUUAAACUUAGAUAAAGAUUCUAAUAUCAUUUAAAUUCCAUUCAUACUUAGAAAAGGAAUAAGAUAGGAUCAAGAAAUCAGAUCAGCAAAAGAACAGAAUAAAAAAAAAACAAUAUGUUUCCUGUACAUUUGUUCACUAGUAGUGGAUCCAUUAGGCAACAAUCCAUCAGAAUCCUGUUGAACGAGGCAUAGAUAGGCAUAAACGUCGUACUUGUACCUUCUCCGUUAAUCGAGUUAUGAUCUGACGGUUGGAAUAUAUAUGAGUAGUUGUAGUGUGUCGUAUAUCAUAUACGCAAAUUACAAUAACAUUGCAAUCGUGCGUCUUAAAAUUGAGAACGCGCAAUCACUUGCUUUCUCGUUAUGUUAAAGUUGGAAUCAAACUAUUAACACCACAACUGUUUGACAGUACAAUCAAACGAUCUCAACCACACAUCGAACGAAUUCGAACACCCCAUUCUCACGAUCCAAUGAUAUCAACUCGUAUUGGAAUCUACUCUACUAGCUUACCUCAUCAUGCAGUCACGCUGAAUUGACUAAUCAUAGUGCAUACUGCACAAUAGUAAUGGCGGUGGUAAGUAGUGACAGGCACACCAUCUCCAGAGUAAUCAUGGCUCCCAACUCCAGAAUCCCAUGAAUGAAGGUCUCCUUUUCGUUCUAUUUUAUUUAUUUAUUUAUUAUUUUUUUCUUGUCCUCAUCCCUCAGCUUCUCCUUCCUCCUUUAUAUAUUCCGGAUAUAAAAUUCCAAAUAUGUUCGAAAAUUCAACUACAAGUUGGAUCUUUUUUUUUUCUUUCUUCUGGGCGCCGUUCAGGAAGUUCUUUCUUCUUCACCACCCCUUUUUGACAGGAAGAAUUAGACGUUAUUUCUAGGUAGGUCGCUUAGCUUUCAAUCGAAGCACGAUAGGGAAAAAAAGGCGAAAGAAGUUUGGUUGCAUUCAGGUUUAUGUUAGGUAUACCGUAGAAUGACGGCUCUCUCUCACACAAUGAUUCUUCUUCUUCCAUUGUUCAGAUUUAAACGCCAUUGCCAUUUUCAAGGUUCGGAGUAAACAGAAGAGAUUGAAGACAAUGGCGGCGAGAAAGAUUCGAAAUUGAAAUGUGGGUUUUGUUUCUUUGCACUGUUGCUGCGGUGGGUCUGGUCUGAAAUCUCCCGCCGGGAAAGUGAAAUGGAGGCUGCCGCCGGCGUCGUUGUCCCCGCCGGCGGAAGUGGGAGCGCGAGCAGUAGAAUUGAGAGGAACAAUGCGGUUUUGAAGGACCCGUCGUGGUUCGGUCAGUUCAGAAACGGGUCGAACCCAUGGAUGGCUAGAUAUGUCUACGCCCUCAUUUUUCUUUCCGCCAAUCUCCUCGCAUGGGCUGCUCGUGAUUAUGGCCAUUCCGCUUUGACCGAGAUGGAAAGGCUGAAAGUCUGUGAUGGGAAAUCGGACUGUUUGGGAGUUGAGGGGGUUUUGAGGGUGAGCUUGGGUUGUUUCGUCUUCUUCAUUCUCAUGUUCCUUUUGACCUUGGGGACUUCAAAGCUGCAAGAUCCGAGGGACGCGUGGCAUUCUGGGUGGUGGUCGGCGAAAAUUGCUAUCUGGGUUGGAGUCACUCUGCUGGCCUUCCUUCUUCCUUCCACCAUGGUCAGGAUCUACGGGGAGAUUGCCCAUUUUGGUGCAGGGGUGUUUCUACUGAUUCAGCUAGUGAGUGUGAUAAGCUUCAUUACAUGGAUCAACGAUCGGUGCCUAUCUGAGAAAAACGCAGAAAGAUGCCAUAUCCAUGUAAUGGUGGUGGCGACGGGUUCUUAUGUAAUCAGCCUGGUGGGUAUAAUCAUGAUGUACAUUUGGUACACUCCAGACCCAUCUUGCCUACUCAACAUAUUCUUCAUCACUUGGUCCCUAGUGCUUCUGCAACUCAUGACCAGUGUCUCUCUUCACCCUAAAAUAAAUGCCGGGUUCCUGGCACCUGGACUCAUGGGGUUGUAUGUUGUGUUCCUUUGCUGGUGUGCCAUCAGAAGUGAGCCGGCAGGGGAGAUUUGUAACAGGAAGGCAGAGGCUUCCAAGAGAACAGAUUGGCUCACCAUCAUAAGCUUUGUCAUUGGACUGUUGGCGAUCGUCAUAGCCACAUUUUCGACUGGAAUCGACUCGCAGUGCUUCCAGAAAAGCGAGACGCAAGGCAGUGGGGAAAAUGAAGAAGAUGAAGUGCCGUACGGGUAUGGAUUCUUCCACUUCGUGUUCGCGACGGGAGCCAUGUACUUCGCCAUGCUGUUGAUUGGCUGGAACACCCACCACGCCAUUAAAAAGUGGACGAUUGAUGUGGGGUGGACCAGUGCGUGGGUGAGAAUAGUGAACGAAUGGCUAGCCGUUUGUGUAUAUGUAUGGAUGUUGGUUGCACCGAUAAUACUGAAGAGCAGAAGGGCAGGGGGAUCACCGCCGGUUUAGGGAAAGGGACAAACAAUCAGAAGACGAUGGUUUUUUUGUUAGUUUUUGGGCUGUGGCUUUCAUUCAUCCCCCACCUGGUGGAAAGAAACAAAAGAGCAUAAUGGAGCCAAACAGGGAAAGGUGGACAUCACCAACAGUUUAGGUUUACACGAUGAUGGUCGACAAGGUGGACAAAUUGGGGGGAAAUGGUGGAAAUGAGAUUUGACAUUCAUUUGUUUGUGGGAGAUGGAAAAUGUGGAGAUGGGGGAAUUGGAUCCCUGUAAAUAAUAGCAAAAUGAAUAGAGUCGUCUCAUUUUGGAAAAGUGUGUAUUAAUGGGGAUGGGGAUGGAUUCUGAAAUCAAUGGAUGGAAUGAAAUACAUCAAAGGUUAACUU